AUGGUCAGAUUUAAGAACAGGUACAUUCUGUUACAAAUCAAAAGUGAUAAGAAAUUUAAGAUUUCAACAUCUGAACUUGCUGGUGAUUUCCGAAGAUCUAUUCAAAAAUAUUAUGGAGACUUUGGAGCAGCUUCAGUACAAAACUUAGCAGUAAAAUAUUUUAAUGAGAAGCACAAACUGGUUAUUGUAAGAUUGUCUCAUGGUCCACACAAGUUUCUGUCAAGUAUUCUUCCUUUAUCUACAAAGGCUGGAAAAGAACUUGCGAAAUUUCAAAUACUUUACAUCGGAGCCACAAUAAGACAAUGUAAGAAAUAUAUUGUUAAGCAUCAAAAUGAAUUCAUCCGACAAACAAUUGGAGCUUUUAAAGAUGACUCAGAAAGAAAAGAAUUUUUAGACAAUAUUUAUAAAUCAUUAGAUCAAUAG